CACCUUCCUCCCUAUCUCUUUUCCUUGAAUAGCCCCAGUUGGCGCUAACUCUCUUCUUUUCCUCUUUACCUUUAUCAUGCGCAUGUCGACCAUGCUUACUUCUGCGCUCUGCUGCGCCAUCGCCGUCUUUCUCGUUCUCGUCCCGUCGACCUCGGCCGACAUCACUUUCAACUCGAUUAUCGACUGGGACAACUCGACGGUGACGUACCCGCCGCUCUCCCGCUCUGGUGCUGCCGUUGCCCUUGUUGGCGACAUCGACGGCGACGGCAUUGGUGACGCGGUCUUUGGCUCGCCACUUGCCAACCUUGGCGACGGCUCCAUCACUCUCGUCUUCCUCAACGCCGACGGCACUGUCAAGGCGUCGCGUGUUCUCUCGGGUGCCGACCCGGCACUCACCGCCCACCUCUCGCUCUCGCUCGGCCAGUUUGGCUCGGCAUCGCCGGCCCAGGCGAUCUCGAUGGCGACUCGGUGCCUGACCUCCUUGUUGGCGCUCCGGCCCUCAACGGCGCCACGGGCAAGGUCUUUGUCCUCUUCCUCAACGUCGAUGGCUCGAUCAAGGGCGUCAACGUCCUCGCGAACGGCAUUGGCCCCGGCACCCUCGGCACCACCCUUCUCCCUGGCGAGCUCUUUGGUGCUGGUCUCUCGGUUGUUGCCGGCGUGCCUGGCGUCAACCCCGCUCUUGAGGUUGUCGUCGUCAUCGGCCUCGCCGCCGGUCGCGACCGCGUCACCCUUCUCCCGCACGGCGCAAUCAUCAUCGCCACCCUCUCGCGGACCGACGGCUCGCUCAUCUCUCACUCGAUCCUCGACAACUCGGCUCCCGCUCUGGCGGGCAUUGCCCAGGACUCCGGCUUUGGCACUGCCAUUGCCGCCGCCGACAUCCGCGGCACCGGCUCACCGGUUCUCGCCAUCGGUGCCCCGCUCCAUGGCGCGCUUGCCGGUCGCGUCUACCUUCUCGACAUCGACUGGGCAACCCACGCCGUCGUCCAGGUCUCCAUUCUUGAGGCCGGUACCCUUGGCUUCCUCCCGUCGCCGCUUCUUGGUGCCAAUGCCAAGCUCGGCUCCAGCCUUGCCCUUGCCGACCUCGACGGCGACGGUGCCAUCGAUCUGGUGGCCGGCGCCUCGGGCGCUCUUGACCUCGGCCCCGACUACGGCGUCAUCAACGUUCUCAUGCUGAAUGCGUCUGCCACCGACCUCGCUGUUGUUGACUUUUCACGCAUCUCCUACUCGGCCGUCCCUGCCCUUCAGUCGCUCCUCUCUAUUGGCGCCGAGAUCGGCGCCUCGGUCGCCGUCGGCAACAUCGACCUCACCGCCUGCGUCGACAUUGUCCUCGGCGGCCCGGCCGCCAACCUCGCCUCCGGUCACGUCUGGGUUGGCGCUUGUGAGCACGUUACCCCGUCACCGCCGCCGCCGCCGUCCCCGGGCACUCCGUCGCCGCCGUCCCCGGGCACUCCGUCGCCGCCCACCACGCCGCCGUCGCCGCCGCCGGCAUCGUCGACGACUUCAGACGAGACCCGACCCAUCGUGUGGCACCAUUCACCGUCAGCCUCACCGGUCGCCGGUGGUACUGUCAUGACUCUCACCACCGACUCGACCAUCGUCGAUUUUACCACCGCUUCGGCGGUCACCGUCGAGGUCGCCGUCUACGCAUCGGCCGACGAUGAGUCCCCGACCUGGGUCACGGUGGAAGCAACCGUCAACGCCGCCGGCGAGGUCUCUUUCACCUCGCCGCCGUCUGCCAAGGCUGGCUACACCCAUGUCCGCGUCGUCGCCCACGACGAAGCCACUGACUCGGCCACCCGCUACUGGGUCACUGGCUCGAUGUACUACGUCGACUCGGAGUGCACCGAUCCCGGCUUUGUCCUCGUCGAUGGCGUCUGCCGCGACUGCUCAGACUUUGAGGGCGCGUACUGCCCUGGUGGCGAUCGGUUCUGGGCUCGUCCGGGCUACUGGAACGAUGAUGAGUCGACACCUCCCGAGCGCUGCCCGGUGCCUGACGACUGUCCCGGCUACUCGUCUGGCCACGCCUCGGUCCCGCCGUCGUCCGAUGACUCAUCUGGCAACGGCGCUGGUGCCGACGGCUUUGGCACCUCGUCGCAUGCCUCGUGUGCCCGUGGCCGCACUGGCCACCAGUGUACCUCGUGUGAUACUGGCUUCCACAUGGCCUCGUUUGGGACGUGCAUGCCGUGCGAAGCCGAUGUCACCCGCACCAUCAUCAUCCUCUUCUUCAUUCUCUUUUGCAUCAUCGUCGCUCUCGUCCUCGGCUGCGCCUCGCGCCGCAAGGCUGGCAUGUUUGUUGUCACCCUCAUGUCUCUCCAGCUCCUCGCUCUUGCCAUCCGCUACCUCGUCGGCCUCUCUUCGGGCAUCCCUGGCGUCUCAUCGUUCCGGACUCAGGCCGUCCGCUGGUCGGGCAUCAUUCUCUUUGAUCCGGAGGUCUUUGCCAUCGGCUGCACCAAGACUUGGACCGGCCCCUACUUUGUUGCCCUCUACUGCAUCCUUGUCCUCUUUGCCGCCUUUAUGGUCUUUGUGGGCGCCAUCAUCGGUGCCAUCAUCCACUCGCGCCUCCACUCUAAGGACGGCGACCUCGAGCUCUCUGUUCCGCUUUGGGAGCACGGCUCGUCGCUCGGCUCCAUCGUUGCCUCUACCUCGCUCCUCAGCAUGCAGCCCUCGAACGCCUCGCUUGCUCGUCAGAACACCACCGGCAGCUUUAUCGGACGCUACGCCGACUCGUCGGACAAUGGCUCACCGAUGAACUCGCCGCGCGGCAAGGGCGCGUCUCGUCGCGGCUCGCGCAGUUCGCGCGGUUCGCGCGGUUCGCGCGGCUCGCGUGGUUCGCGCGGCUCGACCACCUGUGACUCGUCGGAUUCCGAUACCAUGGUCUCCGAGUGGACCCAGGACAUGCCGCACACGGUGCCGCUGCGAUCGUGGGUCGCCUACGGCAUGGCCUUUAUGGCUUCGGUCUUCUACACUCCGCUCGCCUACCGCACCUUUGUUGGCCUCCGCUGCUUCUACGCCGCCGAUCACGUCCAGCGCCUCGACUACGAGAUCGCCACCGAGUGCUACAAGGGCACUCACCUCACUGCCGCCAUCCUUCUCCUUUGGCCUAUCAUGAUCGUCUAUGUCCUCGGCCUUCCGAUCAUGACUGCCAUCCGUGGCUUUGUUGUCCGCGCGCUCUCCCGGGAUCCUGCAGUCCGCCUCCCCUCUGAUGCUAUGCGCUUCAACCUCUUCCUGGUUCGGGAUGGCCUCCGGUUCCUCUUUGCUGGCCUCACUGCCUCGCGCGCGCCCAUCGGCACUGUCCCCUUCAUCACAGUCCUCGCCAUCUCGGCCAUCUCGGUCUUUAUCCGCCAUUCGCCGUCCACCGAGCUGGUCGGCACUGCCGCCGUUGUCGCCACCUCUAUGGUCGCCAUCGCCUGGGCGUCUAUCUCCCGCUGGCGCGCAAUCGCAUCUGCGGUCGCAACCACCUGUAUCGCUAUCGUGGUCGUCGUCAUCGCUUCCGAGGCUGCAUCUACCUUUGCCCUCGUCACCACCAUCAUCAUCUACCUCGUCGCCAUUUGCGCCGCAGUCGCCACCGCUCGUGCCCGCACAGAGCACACCGAAACGACCCGCCCGCGCUACAUCGAUGAGUAGGCCAUUUUAAACCAGCUUUCUACCCCUC